AUGAGGGAAGCGCCACCAACUACCUUUAGAACGUUAGUUUUCCAGGAGGUGUUUGGAUAUUUAAUUGAAGAAUUUAAAACCUAUAAGCCUAUUUUCUCUGCCAUCAAAAAUGAGUAUGACGUCACAUUAGCACAUCUUCGUGAACAGAUCAGGAAUCUGCUACCGCUGCGGGCAAAGCUGGUGCUUGUGUCGGAACAGUGUGAGAAGAGGAUUCUGGAUCAGAGAGUACAGGAAAGAGAUGAGCUCCGAGCUCUGAAGCGAGAGUGUCAGCGUCUGCAGCGUGUCAUCGAGAGUAUGAGAGGACAGCAGACUGCUCUGCAGAUUCAGGUUGAUCACCUAAAGGAGGAUCUGGCCACCCAAUAUCAGCUAUACAGGGAUGAACGUGAUGCACGAAAACUGCUCAUCACCAGAAUCAGCACAAUGACUUCUACUCAAGACACUGAACAUGAUGAUAAUAAUGAAGAGGAUGAAUCUGAGGAUCCUGUGGUGGUGAAAAUGGCUUUGCAGGUGUGUAGAGAGGACCUUACCAAAGUCCAAGUUGAGCUUAACCGCCUCCAAGCCGAAUACAGUGAUGUGGUCCCACGACGAGACUGGGAUAACCUGAAUCAUAUGCAUGAGGAGACUUUAAUAAAGCUGGAAACCUUACAGACAGACUUUGACCAGUUAAAGUCUGAGUAUGACACACUGCUUGAGGUUCAUCGUCAGUCAGCACCUGCUGUGUUACACUCCAAUCAGUCUGUGCUGCAACAUGGCUCUGAUAACAAACAUAUUGUUACAACUCCCAGACCAAACUGGGAACAAUGUUCAGACAUACUAGGAGGCAGUGAGCAAUGUAAAGAGCUCUUUGAAGGUCAAUCCAGCCAAAAGAGGCUGGAGAUCUUGCUGCAGCAGAUGAAUGGCCAAAAUGAGUUCUUCACUGGUCUUGGCACAUCCAGUGACGUCCCCAUUUAUCUACAGUAUGAGGGGAAACUUAAGAAUCUUAAGCUCAAGGAAGCAGAUGUAGUCAGAGUUAUUAAAGACAUCUGGAGGGAAAAAACUUUAGAGAAUGAAAAGAAUGAUGACUCCAGAGAUCUGCAGAUGUUUCUUCACAGCUAUCUUGUGGAACAUUAUAAGGAUAAGGCAGGAGAGUGGGCUUACAGCUUGAUGGAAAGCAUUCAGAACAAUCUUGAAGAUGAUCUCAUUUGCCUUUUUAAUGACAUCUUGAUUGGGAAGGUUGAUGAGAGUAUCUACCAUGGACAGACUCAGCUGCUGUCUCACUUGCUCAAGGUUUUAAUUCAAAGUGACACAACACAAUGCGGAUCACUAACUGUCUUAGAAUUUAGUGAUGCAUUGAAGAAGGCCUUCCCUCUGAAGGCAGAUCAAGACAUAGAGGAGCUGUUGGCGGUGGCUCAGACAGAGCUGAAGAGUAAUGGAGUGCGCAUUGCUUAUCAGACACUUUAUACAGAGGUCAGUUUGAAUGUUUUGGCUAUAACCUAA